CGACCAAAACUAACCUCACUUUUUUGUUUUGUUUUCCAGCUGUCUUGUAAAAUGUUGUCUGUGUUAAUAUGAAUAUAAACCAGUUUUAUAGUAAAUAAAUGCUUCAGUUCUAUAUUUUACAUAUUAAACACCUAUUUUUUGAAGCUGUAAAACUCAAGAUGCCAAAGUACGCUGUUGCUAAAGGAAAGAAAAGAGGAAUCUUUGAUACCUGGGAAGAAUGCAAGCAGCAAGUGACCGGUUUCCGGGGAGCCAAAUACAAGAAAUUCGAUUCUAUGUAUGCAGCUGAAGAGUAUAUGCGAGAGCAUGCUCCCGAUGUUGCAACUACAAACGUGGAGCAGCGUUCAAAAAUUGUACCGGAUCCUACCUCAAUAGCCAUUAGCGAUCCUGUCUCGUUAGCCAUAAAAAAUCACAGUGAAAACGCCUUUCCAAUCGCCAGAGUGUCUCCGGCUGAAACAUCUCUGAAUGAAAUCAAUAAGAAGAUUCAAGUGCUUGAGUCCAAGUUUCUGUUGUUCUCGGACAGUGUUAAUCUGAAGUUUGACAACAUUUUGAAGCGACUGGCGGUGUUGGAAAGUCGAGCGCUUGGCCCUCCUGGAUCAAGUAAUGGCGUAACUACUGUUGAUUUGACCAAGAAUGAUGAUCAACAACCUACAGCAAGUGGAUCCACUCCAAAAAAGAGGAAAGCCGACUCGGACGAGAGUGAAGAGGCAGCACAUCUAGGCAAAUGCAACAUAGUCGAUGAGGUGGACGGAUACAGCGAUGGCUGGCUGAGGCAUUACGUGCCUGACGCGUCAGGCUUCCUCAUCUCGCCCGACGGAGUGGUCAUUGUCUACACGGAUGGGGCCUGUACUAACAAUGGCCGCCAAGGGGCCAAAGCUGGUAUUGGUGUGUGGUUCAACCACCAACAUCCACUAAAUGUAUCAGCACCAGUGAGAGGAAGACCAACAAAUAAUAAUGCUGAAAUACAGGCGGCAACUGAAGCGAUAAGGCAGGCUUCAAAAGCAGGCGUUAGACGACUUCACAUCUUCACCGAUUCUCAGUUCCUGAUAAACUGUAUUACGGGAUGGAUUUACAAGUGGAAGAGGAAUGACUGGGUCACCGCUGACGGCAAACCUGUCAAAAACAAGAUAGAACUUGUCGAGCUCGAUCAAUGCAUUCAAACUAUGAUGGACUCUGUUAUGUGGACCCAUGUAAAAGGACAUGCUGGAGACGUGGGUAAUACACAAGCUGACUUGUUGGCUCGUCUUGGUGCGGAAAUGAAUGCUCUAAAUUGAAAAUGAUGUCUAAAUUAUUGGUCUCUACGAUUUAAUUUUCAUUUCAAUUCGAAAAUCACUCCAAGUGCGGUGAGCUGCUAUUCUUUUUCUACUUGCAUAAUGCGUUCAAAUAAUAUUGGUUUAUGAUUGUAAAGUAAGUGCCGGUUGCACAAAAGCCGACUAAAUUUUAAUCGUGAUUAAUUCCACGAGAACCAUUUAGAGAAGCCGCCGUCUCUUCGAAAAAACCUCCUCUAAUUGGUUCUUGAUGAAAUUAAUCACGAUUAAAAUUUAACCGGUUUUUGUGCAACCGGGCCUUAGGCAUCAUUGGUUUGUUCAAAUCAUUUAUGUAUUAAUUUAUGAUCGAUUGCUAUUUAAGAAUAAAUAAUUUGAAGCGUUCCUCAAUGUGAAAAAAAACUCUAAAAUGUCGUUAAAAAUUGUAAUGUGGUAUAAAACUCUGUAAAAUAUCAUUAAAAAUUUUUAUAUUUCAUUUCCUCAUAAUUCUAAUAAUUAUUAUUCAAUUAAUCCAUUAUUUCAUAUACCGUAGUUUACUAUUUCUCUGUAUGAAAUCUUGAGGUAAAUUCGUGUGAUCUAAUCUUGAAAUGUUCUUAUUAUAAUGGUCUUUCUAUUGUUUAAAAUGUAUACUUCUAUGUUGAUAUUAUUUCACAGCUUGAUUGGAAAGUUUAUUGAUUUUUUUUAAUUGAGGCAAAUUUUUGUAAUCUACUCUUGAAAUGGUCUUAUUAGACUUAAAAUCCUCUGUAUAUUAUCAAAAAUGUACUUCUACGUUGAUAUUAUUUCAUACCUCGAUUAAAAAGUCAAUUGAUGUGUUGAAAUUGAGACAAAUUCUUGUAAUCUACUCUUGAAAUGGUCUUAUUAGACUUGAAAUCCUCUGUAUAUUAUCAACAAUGUACUUCUACGUUGAUAUUAUUUCAUACCUCGAUUGAAAGGUCAAUUGAUGUGUUGAAAUUGAGACAAAUUCUUGUAAUCUACUCUUGAAAUGGUCUUAUUAGACUUAAAAUGCUCUUUAUAUUUUUCAAAAUGUAUACUUCUACGUUGAUAU